UCAGGUGCCAGAGGCUGUCCUGUGGGUGCUGCCCUGUGCCUGGGGCAGCACCAGAACCUUCUGAGGCAGUUGUAGGUGACAGUUGGGGCAGGCAGGGACAGUUGGGGAGGGGAGUUGGCCCAGCAGUGCAGCACAAAGCCCCAGGAAGGUAAGAGAUAAACAGGCAGCAAAGGAAAGGGAACAAAAAAAAUUCAGAAAACUUGGCUUAAAGGAGUGCCUGGGGCCUGGAGGCAAGUUAAGAUGCUGGGGGAGGGGAACAAAGGAGGAACAAACCCAGGAAUUGGGGAAUAAGUGAGAGCAGUGCUGUGCUGGAGGAGACAGCUAGCCAGCUGCCAAGGCCAGCAAGCUCCUGCUUAUCUUGCCAUGUUGACUACAGAAACAGACUUCAAAUGACGCAGUGUCUAUAAACAGAGAGGAAGAAUUAGUUCCCAUUAUGGUAGUUGUGUCUAUGACCCUAAAAUGCUUACCCCACACCCAGCAGGAAUUCAUUUCCUGAGGGCCUGACAGUGCCAUGGCACAGCUGAUAUGAGUGGGAGCAGGAGGAAGGAGUAACCAGCACUUGCUUGUUAUUAGGGAAACUUGGUAUGGCAAUUGCAAACACUGCCUAAAAGCCACACCAUUCCUCCCCAAAACCAAAAACAUGAAUCAGGAGUCAACUACAGAGUAAACAGACUUAAGUAGAAUUCUUUCUUGUUACAGGUGAAUUGGAUUCAAAAGUAAAUAAAAAAAGUCUCAGAUUGUGCCCUUUCAAUCACAGUGAUGGAUCAGGACUGUUACUUUGAUGCAGGCUCCACAAUGUUCAUUUUUGUUAAAAGAUGUAUCAGAAAAGCCUUGCUCACAUGCUGAUUUGCCUCUUCAAACAGCUCUGCUGCUUCCUCCAUCACUUUCUCUGGCUGGUCUUUUUCCUGAUGGUUUGAAUAAUUAGUUCUCUGGGGAGACCAAGUCUUUUCUUGCUUCCUAGUAUUGGAACAGGGAAUAUAUGGACUAAUCCCAUGGUACACUGGUAAUGCUCCUUUUGACAUAUAGGAGAUCAUUUAUGGAGCAUUAUGUGACCCUUCCUGUAGACAAAUAGAUGCCACAUGUGCCAGGUGAAACAAGCUCCAGCUAGAUCCAUUUAUGUUUAUCACUCAGUACAGCAGGACUUCCACAGUGGUAUCUCUGCAGCAAUCCUGUUUGAUAAGCUGCUCUGCAAAGAGCAGAAUGCCAAUGUGGAUGAAAGCUCCUGUAUUCCUGCCUGGGUGGCCAUAACAGAUGGUCUAUAGUGGAACUCCAGUCACACAAAAAAACGUGAAGUGCCACGAAUCUGAGUCACUGGUACAAAAAUCUCUGUUAUGAAGGGCUCUUGACUGCUGUUCUGACUGUCUGGGUGCUAAGGAGCAGAGCUGAACUGGUGAGGAUCCGGCCCUAAAAAUUCCUUUCCACCUAUUUUUAAAAAGCCCUUUUGUAAGAGAGUGAGGUAGUUUAAGUUUUAAAAAGAAUAGGUUUGUCUUGCACCUUUGAUAGCAAUGGAAAGACACUGAUCAAAAGGAUUUAUUAUUGCUUGUAGAUCUCCAGGAAGUGCUGCAUGUACUGAAUGUGCACUCAUUUUCAUAUAUAUGCCCACACACUUGUAUGGGAGAUGUUGGUCAUGUGAACUUUUAUCUGAGGAAAUUUAGCUUUUAUCCUUGCAAACUGGUAUUACAUGUAUUUAUACAAACACAUACAUAAACAUGUACAGAUACACAUCUGCUGUAAAACAGGUUUAAAACACCUCUAAGUACUCAGUAUUCAAUCUCUGCUUGGGAUUCAUGUAAUAAUUUUGAAAGUAGCAAUUUUUACAAAAUACAAGCUAAACAGAGAAUAGAAGGACAAGUAACAGUACCCCUUUGAAACAUCAGCAGUUUUACAUUCAUACCUUAUGUUGUGUUCUGAAAUCUCAUCACAGAUGAGGACUUCACAGAUUAAAGUAGAAAAAAGAAAGCGACCAGGAGAUAAAUGGGAAGCCUACUGUGUAAAAUCUGAUGGCCACAUGAUAAAAAAAAGUAGGGAUAUGUCCUCAGCACCAACUACUCCUCCAUCAGUGGAUAAAGUAGACGGAUUUUCUCGGAAGUCCGUCAGAAAAGCCAGACAGAAGAGGUCACAAAGCUCCUCCCAGUUUAGGUCUCAGGGCAAGCCUAUCGAGUUAACUCCCCUGCCUCUGCUAAAAGACGUUCCAUCUUCAGAGCAGCCUGAAUUGUUCCUAAAGAAACUUCAACAGUGCUGUGUCAUUUUUGACUUCAUGGACACGCUUUCAGACCUUAAAAUGAAAGAAUACAAGCGCUCCACUCUUAAUGAACUGGUGGACUACAUUACAAUAAGCAGAGGCUGUUUGACAGAGCAGACUUACCCUGAAGUAGUUAGAAUGGUAUCUUGCAAUAUCUUCAGAACUCUCCCACCUAGUGACAGCAAUGAAUUUGAUCCAGAAGAAGAUGAGCCCACCUUGGAGGCAUCGUGGCCGCAUUUACAGCUUGUAUAUGAGUUUUUCAUACGAUUUUUGGAAAGCCAAGAAUUUCAGCCCAGCAUUGCCAAAAAGUACAUAGAUCAGAAAUUUGUAUUGCAGCUGUUGGAGCUGUUUGACAGCGAAGACCCUCGAGAACGAGACUACCUAAAAACAGUCUUGCACAGAAUUUAUGGCAAGUUCCUGGGUCUUAGAGCAUUUAUCCGAAAACAGAUUAAUAAUAUUUUUCUACGAUUUGUUUAUGAAACUGAACACUUCAAUGGCGUAGCUGAACUGUUGGAAAUUUUAGGAAGUAUUAUCAAUGGUUUUGCUUUACCUCUCAAGGCAGAGCAUAAACAGUUUCUGGUGAAGGUGCUGAUCCCUUUACACACUGUCAGGAGUUUAUCACUCUUCCAUGCACAGCUGGCGUAUUGCAUAGUACAGUUUCUGGAGAAAGACCCCUCACUCACAGAACCAGUCAUUAGAGGUUUAAUGAAAUUCUGGCCAAAAACCUGCAGUCAGAAAGAGGUUAUGUUCCUAGGAGAGCUAGAGGAAAUCUUGGAUGUAAUUGAACCAUCACAAUUUGUCAAAAUCCAGGAACCCUUGUUUAAACAAAUUGCCAAGUGUGUCUCUAGCCCUCAUUUUCAGGUGGCUGAAAGAGCGCUGUAUUAUUGGAAUAAUGAAUACAUCAUGAGUUUGAUAGAGGAGAACUCAAACGUUAUACUUCCCAUCAUGUUUUCCAGCCUUUACAGGAUUUCUAAAGAGCACUGGAAUCCGGCUAUUGUGGCUUUAGUCUACAAUGUGUUGAAGGCAUUUAUGGAGAUGAACAGCACCAUGUUUGACGAGCUGACAGCAACUUACAAGUCAGAUCGUCAGCGUGAGAAGAAGAAAGAGAAAGAGCGUGAAGAACUGUGGAAAAAACUGGAGGAUUUGGAAUUAAAGAGAGGUCUUAGACGUGAUGGGAUAAUUCCAACUUAACAAAAAAACAAAACAGCAUUAUUAACCUGUGGAGUCACACAUUUAUGUAGUAGAAGAUGGAGCAACAGUUUUCUGUAUUGUGCAACUUUACAGUAGAUUUCACAUUUGUUUCAUUAUUACAACAGCACUGUAUAUACCUGUCUCUAAGUAAAGGAAAAAAAUAAGGACUUUAAUCCAAAGUUUGGACAACAGAUGGACUUCUCAGAACUUUGCAAACAUAAUCAUUGUUUUAACCCUUCUUUAAAACCAGUCUUCAAAGAUCUGUUGAUGAAAAUUGCAAUGUCAGAUUCCAUUGUCAGGACCUGUUCCUUAUUUAUCGUUAGCAGAGAGUAUAAUACAACUUUCAAAUGUGAACAAUCUUAAAAUUUAGCUUGUCUUUCUGCUAAACUGUUAUGUGUAUUUAUAGUAAAAGAGAAAAAAGACUGUCAUUUCCUUAUGAGUUUGUGUAACAUCCUCCUUCUCUGGAUAACUUUACUGUAAUUUGACUUUCUUUUCCUUUUGCAUAUCUUCAUAAGUUGAAUGUCCAUUCAGAUCAGGGCCAUGAAGAACUUUGGUCCUGAAUAAAAGUUUUGUUUACUGGUGUGAGCAUUUUUUAGUACCAGGCUGUCUCUGGUGCUUCCUUAAUUUGAACAUUAGGAAGUAAAAAACAAGUAGGUGAUAAACAUAGUAGGAAAAAGAGCUUUGGAUUCGUGCACCUAUUUAUUGAAAAUCCAAAUUCGUGUCCACAAUCCUUGGAAAAACAAAAAGGGCAGUGGUAACACCCUGGACUUAGUAGCUAACCAGUAUUAGUGAUGCAGCAUUGGACACAGGUAGAGUUGGUUUAGAAACACCAAUUGCUAAAUUAUUACAGUAUGUUCUUAUUGGACCAUUCAGAAAGAAUAAAGAUACAUGCUAAACAACACAAGCUGAAAUUGAUCUCCAGUGGUCAUGGAUUUAAUUGGAAAUUGAGUCGAGAUAGCAGUUUGGACAGUUUGGAGUUGUUGCCUUACUUUUUAAUAUGUAUUUAUAAAGUGUUCCAGCAAAAGAGGAUGUAGCCUCUAAGAAACAUACUCUAGUGUUUUUGUGGUUCUAGUACUAUUACUCAUCACAGUACCAGCCCUAUGGUCUUAGCUGGAAAGGAUUCUGGAUAAUACAUUUCUGCAUUCUCAUCUGGAUGCUCAUUCCUAACUACUGUAUUUGUUACCAAAAGUGGUUCUACAAAUGCUACUGAGAAAAAAAAAAAAAAAGAUUCUGGAAAUCCUAAUGUUCUGAGUAUUAAUAAUAAAGUUUAAAAUGCUUUUAUAUCAAAGGUGCAUUGUGACCAAAUUGUUUAAAACAAAAGAGGAAAAAAAUACAAAAAACAAAGAAGAGGGCUGUAUUAUAAAUAUACAUUAUUGGCUAUCUGCUUUGUAUUUGAAAGUGGAAUCUUACAUCUUUGGUAGGUAAAAUGCUGAUAAGACUUAUGUACAGUAUAUAUUUAGCUAAUGCAGUUGCAUUAUUCUAUACCGGAAGGUAUGUGUUUCAGGAUUUUUCUCCAGGAUGCUUUUGAACUGUUAUAGACAUAUGACAACAGUGAAUUGAUAAUCCUAAACCAUCAAUCCAGCAGUAUUUACAGUAUAAAAAUGAAUUGGUGUUCAUGAGUCGUUGUGAUAGUUGCAAACAUGAAUUUAUGACCUGUUGCCAUUGAUAGAAAUACAGUAUAAAUACAAGCUUGUAUAUUUUUCUUCCUACCAUUUAAAUAUACAGUAGAAUUUGAAGUUUUCUUGUUUUCAGGCACGGAAAAAAGGUAAAAAAGAAUUCCCUCCUAGAUUACUGACUGUUUCAGGAUUAUCAGGUCACAGUUUGUACUCCUGGGUCUGCACACACAAAUGUUGUAAACUCAAGGUUUUGUAAGAACUUGACACUGUUAAUUCUGGGAAAAAAAAAAAAAAAAAAAAAGUGGAAUUAGUCAUAUGCAACACCAAACACAACAUGAUUUUAUGGGAUUAUUAUGAGCUUCUUUUAAAAACAUUGACUGGGACGCAAUGUAAAUUAGGCAGUUACUGUCAUAGUUGAAACAUUUUAUUUUAAAGUGCUGAAGCAAAGGUGCAAGCUGAAAUACUGAAGAUUAAAUAAAUUUAUAACAAAUCAUGUCCCUUAGCCCGUUGAUUUUGACAGUCUUUUAUUUCUGUUACCAAAAGAAAAAAACCAAACUUUCUAGUGUGAUUUCUGUGUGAAAUGUUCAUUCACAGUAUGAGAGGGUGGACUCAAACUCAUGCUCAAAGACUAUGUUCCAUUGUGAAAAACUGAGAAAGGAUGGAGGAAUAAAACUUCUUGUUUUUUCACCUGGUGGAGUAAAACACAACAAUGUGAAAUUAGAAAAAGCACCUUGUCCUGUACUUAGAGUUUAGGUGAGUGUUGUUUGUUCAUAUCUAUUUUUGGUUUUGCCAUGUCAUCCUGCUAUUGACCAUACAAAACUGAGGAGAACCUGGUGGGUUGCAAUAUUUCGUGGCCUCUGCCGCGGGGACAGCGGGGAGUGUCUGACGUUUAUAGAUGAUUUAUCACUUCUGAGAAGGAAUGUUCCUUUAAGGAGAAGAUGAUGUGCUGUUGUUGUGAAGUCACUUGACUCUAAAGGCUGGGUGAUGCACCUGAAGAAGCACCUGCUGCCAGGAUCCCGCGUGUGCCGCAGUCCCAGCGAUGCCCGGCCCCACGGGGCUCCCACUGCUCCCGCUGGAGCUGCAGGAGGAGGAAGAGGAAGGCAGCCCGAGGGCACAAGUGUGAUCAGUGCAUCAGAAAUUACACUUCUGUUUGCUUCUUGAGUCCCACAAGCCACCUUUGUUUGUGUCCGUGUUGUUGAUGACUGCUCGUCCGGCAGGCGUUGGGUGGUGCUGCUGUCCUGGGCCACAUUGGUCUGGGGGAAGGGGUGAGCACUGCUCACAGGAAGGAGCUGCAAGGGCACUGGGUCAUGGGGAUGUAACAGCUGUGCAAGUAAAGUUCCUCUCAUACACUCUGAAUUGACCACACGUUGCUUUCUUCAUCUUGCACGUCUCCCUUGCUGUUUUCCUUUCGUUGCUUUCGAGUGUUUUUUGUCUCUCUUCCAAAGGCUGGAAUGCUUUAAAUAAAAGUAUUCUAAUGCCAUUGGAGCAUUCGCUAGUAGGGUUACAGUAAAUUUAAUCUUGGUUUUGUUAGCAUAAGUAAAAGGAUUUAAUUUAUUUUUUUAUCUGUUCUCAUAUAUGGAAAAAUUGAGGAUGUUGGAGCCAAGAAUUGCUUUAGUAAGAAAUGCAGCAGCUGUACUUACACUGUAUGUGCAUAAGUACAGCCUUAGGCUCUCUCACUUGAUGGAAAAGAAAAUACAUUAGGAGCUCUAAAAAGCUCUUCAUUGUUUUGUGAGGAGUGGGAAAGAUGAGAUUCUUCUCCCCCAAGUAAAGCUGACAUAAUUUCCUUUUAGUUCUAUCCUUAAAAACAAAGAUGCCCUUUUUUCUUAAUUGUGUGACACCACUAUCCCAAAGCAGUUGCCCUUAAAGAAGACAAAGGUGAUGAAUGUUUUUAUUUACUCGUAGCUUUUCAAAUUUGGCCCAUGUGCUUCCCUUAGCAGCUGGAGUGAGCCAUGAGUUAGUUUUUCCUAGCUGGUAUGUGCAGCAGAUUUUAUGUAGCCCAGUUUUCCAUUUUGAACUCGAUGAAACAGCAUCUUGAGACAGAAUGGAACUACUUUUGGUUGAAAACUUUUAUCCAAGUGUUGCUUCCCGUCCACAGAAGCGUACGCUUUUUAUCACGACCUCUGUAAGAGUUUUUGUUACUUGGAUCACCUGCUGUAAAUAUGUUGUAUUCAUAACCUCAUGGAGCCAUGAGGAGUUUUCAAAUAUAAAUAGUACCAAUACAUUUCUUGUUGUUGUCCUAUUUUUGAUUGUAGUACAGCAAAUGACCUGUCACGCUUUUUGUUUCAAGGUUAGCAUUAGAUUCAUAGAUCUUAAUAUUUUAGCAUUUCAUUGUUUAAGCAGGAGAGGGCAGCAAAAGUUCAUUUUUCCCCAUAGGAAUGCUCUGGUCCCAUUACUGUUUUUAAACUUAGGUGCAUCUAUCUGUGGGUAGGGGGGAAAAACGAAACUUUUUUAUAUAUAUUAAAAGGUGCAUAUGAAAAUAUAUAGACUGGUCCAACCAGACUGUGAAAAUGUCUUCUACUCUACAUCCAAGUAAUAAUAAAAAUAUCUUCCGCCUCUGGAUAAAGUACAAGCAGGUCUUAAACUCCUGGAUUCAAAUGUCAUUCUUUGGAAACAGUUUACUUUCUUAAAAAUGGUAUCAAAGAAACUCAAACUCAAUGGUGCUCCCAGCCAUAAAUGUGUUAUUUUCCUCUUUUGCACAUGCUCAAGAGGCUCUGUACUGUGGGUGCAUCUAAAUAAAGAAGCAAUGAAGUGUUU